GCCUGAUUCCCGAGGAUGGAGCGGGGCGGGCGGACGCUGCUCUUCGCGCUGCUGCUGCUGCUGCUGCUGCUGGGCGGACUCCGCCGGCCGAGCUCAGGGGACGCCGCGGGGCCGGUGCCGCUGGUCAUCUGGCACGGCAUGGGAGAUAGUUGUUGCAACCCCUUAAGCAUGGGUUACAUUAAAAAAAUUGUGGAAGAGAAAAUCCCGGGAAUUUAUGUGCUGUCUCUGAAGAUAGGCAGCAGUUUAAUUGAGGACAUGGAGAACAGCUACUUCAUGAAUGUCAAUAAUCAAGUCAAGGAUGUGUGUGACCAACUUUCUAAAGAUUCAAAGCUUCAAGGUGGCUACAAUGCCAUGGGCUUUUCGCAGGGAGGGCAGUUCUUGAGAGCAGUGGUGCAAAGAUGUCCAUCUCCACCUAUGUUCAAUCUGAUUUCCAUAGGAGGUCAACACCAAGGGGUGUUCGGGUUCCCGCACUGCCCUGGGGAGAGCUCACGUAUCUGCGACUGGUUAAGAAAAAUGCUAGACAUUGCUUACACAAAGGCGAUUCAGCAGCGCCUGGUCCAGGCCCAGUACUGGCAUGAUCCAGUGAAUGAGGAGGAAUACCGCAGAAGCAGUCUUUUCUUGGCUGACAUCAACCAGGAGCGGGUCAUCAAUGAGACUUACAAGAAAAACUUGAUGACUCUGAAAAAAUUUGUGAUGGUGCAGUUCCUCAAUGACACGAUGGUGGACCCUCCUGUCUCUGAGUGGUUUGGUUACUACCGGAGCGGCCAGACCAAGGAGAUCAUUCCUCUUCAAGAGACCACACUGUACACAGAGGAUCGUUUGGGCCUGAAGGAAAUGGACCAAGCAGGGAAGCUGGUGUUCCUUGGGGCAGAAGGAGACCAUCUCCACUUUUCCAAAGAGUGGUUCUUCAAGAACAUAGUGCCAUUUCUACAAUGAUGCUGGUGACAACAGCCAGGCUGUUCUUUUGUAGAGUCUGGUUGCUGGAGAUGAUUUUCAUGGCAAGCUGGGAUAUGCUCCCUAAAGAGCUAUCUUG